GCAACAUAAAGGUGAGCGUGCAACGUAAAGUCACGUGGACAUGCCGCGUGAGCAUUCGAACUGAGUCUAAAGUUUUCGUGUGCGAAUUGAAGCGGGUGCUCUCCAAUCAUCAAAAGUAACAAAGUCAUUGAACACAUUUAUACAGUUACCUUUACAUUUACCAAUCAUAUAUCACAGAUUUACACUUUUUUUUUAGUACUAUGCAAAAAGGCAAAGACAGAGCGACAGUCUGGGUCAAUGGUGGCCGAGGCGACGGCAAGGCUAACAAAGGAACCCUCGAAGCGUUAGGCUAGCUUUGUAACAGAAUAUAACAGAAAAGUAUGAAACUCCAGCUGAGUUGUAAGAUGAAAAGUGGACACAAUUUCGGGCUCCCACAUUUUGUCAGAAACUGUACAUUAACGAGUUUUUUACUGUUAUUCAAAUGCAACUGUGGAAAUAACAAAUAGAAGAAAAUUCAUUCAUUCUUACCUUAUACUAAUCGUGGUGCAGGCCAGUGCAGUGCAUGAACUGAUGCCUUCUCCGGUCAAUUCCGCUGAGAGUAAAUCUAAUGUCCCGCUCUACUGUACAAGACAAUGGUUACCUGGAGGGAUGUACCACUGUGAGAGGGGUGCUGCGGAAUAGUCCAAGUGAUCGCUGCUUUAAUUUCCCGCUCAACUAUACAUAAAUUGCAGGUCGACACGAUUUUUCAAAGCUGGUGAACUAGACCAAAGUCAUUGAUAACAAAAGAACAAUAAAUCCACUUUCUCCGGUACUUUAUACCCGCUCAGUUGCAAUGCAAUUUAAUGCACUACUAGAAAUCGAUGGCUUUUUGAUGGUGUCCGGCGUGGAAUGAUGGUCAACUAUAAAUAGACGUUUUCUACACAUUGUUGUUGUCACCUGGUCGACUACAAAUAGAUCAAAUAUCAAUGACAAAAAAACAACGGUAAAUCAACAUCAUUUCAACGUCCCUAUAGUAAGACCAUGGGUUUACCACAGUAUUUCAAUGUUGUUACAACAGUGACAUUUCAACCCUGACCAUAACGACGGAUUGGAUGAAAAAUCAACAUCGAUUCAAUGUCGUCUUGCUAUCUGGAAUCUUUUGAUUGGUCGACAUGGUACAUUUUUUGACCAUUAGGAAAGGGUGGGGUUUUUUGGUUUUGUCUUCGCUCACAGGUGGAAAGUGCUUUAUGGCAUUUUCCUUAUGAAACACAGUUUUUACUGUUUCUUCCCGCAGUAAAUAUAAACAAUGAUAGUAUUCAGGAAGAAAACCAAAUAUUUCAUAUAUUUUUAACAUAACUCUGGUUUUACGUGGCCGAUCAACACAAUUUAAAAACUCCAUCAACGCUGUCAUAGCCUGAUACCACAAUUUUUCUUAAAAAUGCCAGCCAAGUGCCAAUUGCUUUACACGUAAUAGAGGAUUUCUCAAAAGGGUCUGGAUUGGUCCUAAACUUAAAUAAAUGUCAAUUAUUGCCUGUCAAAGAGUGUAAUGUUCAGAGUAUUUGUAAUAUAACAGUUAAAAAUGAAGCAACAUAUUUAGAUCUGAUUAUCUGCAUAGAUCCAAAAGACAGAAUUUUACUAAAUUUUCCCCCAAUUAUUAAAAAAUCUCAAACCAAAUUAAAUCAAUGGUUGCAGAGAGAUUUAAGUUUAAGAGGAAGGGUAUUGCUCUCAAAAGCAGAAGGUCUGUGUCGACUGACUUAUGCAGCAAUUUCUCUGCAUGUGGACGGCAAAACUUGUAAGGAUAUCGACCGAAUGCUCUUCAACUUGCUCUGGAAAAACAGGACACAUUACAUCAGAAAAAUGUAUUGAUGAAUGACUAUGAACACGGUGGUCUCAAUGUUUUGGAUUUUACUACUCUAAACAAUACAUUUAAGAUUAAUUGGGCUAAACAUUUUCUUAAAAAUCCGGUAUCCAUUUGGAAGUUUGGUGGUCUAAGUUAUCUUAGGUUGUGAUUAUAAUAUAGAUAAGCUUCCAGAAAACCUUUCGAUGUUUCACAAACAAGUUCUAUUAGCUUGGUCCCUUAUAUAUAAACACAACUUUACACCCCAUACGUAUUCAAUUUGGAAUAAUAGGAACAUAGUGUAUAAAAAUAAAUCAUUAUUUUUUUCUAGGUGGGUUGAGAAACGGAUUGUUUUAGUGAAUCAGCUGUUUAAUCCUAAUGGGCAGCUUAUGUCCUACUCAGAAUUCUUAAACACCUAUAAAUUUCCAGCCACACCCAAAGAAUAUGCCAUAUUAUUUGAUGCAAUACCUACGGGUAUUAUAAUGCUUUUUAAAGGUAUUCAACCUUGCAUAUCAUCUGUUUCUCUCCCCAACCCUUUAGAUUCACACAUAGGAAGAAUCUGUCUAACAAACCGUAGUAAAAGUAAUAAGAAUAUCCGUGCUUUGUUCCAGACAGAAUCUCUAACUAUUCCACAUGUGGUCUCUUAUUGGAAUUUCUUUGUCAGUGACAUUAACUGGAAAAGAGUAUGGACAAUUCCUAACAAGUAUCUGGUAACGAAUAAAGUGAAGGAAGUCUCAUUUAAAAUACUGCAUAAAUUUUAUCCUGCUAAUCAUUACGUGACAAAGUUCAAAAGGGACAUAAAUGUGAACUGUGGAUUUUGUGGAAGCCAUCCUGAGACUGUGCAACACCUUUUCUGGAUCUGUUCAUACGCUAGAACAUUUUGGAAAGACUUCAGUAGAUUCAUUGCUGGACAUCUCUAUAAAGACUUUACUGUGAAAUGGGAAAAUCUUGUAUUUUGUUUCUUUCGAAGGCAAAAAAAAGAAGAUGUUUACUUUAUAAUAAACUUGUUAGUUAUCUUAGCUAAAUUUUAUUUUCACAAAUGCAAAUACAGUAACAAAAAACCUAAUUUUAAACAUUACUAUAAUGAUGUUUUAUGUUACAUAAAAUUGAUUAGUGGAUCACUUAACAAAAAGGCUAUGAAAACUAUUACUAUUUAUAGUAAUUACAAAUUAUUUGAAUGUUUGUAA